AAGAUAGCUAAAUAAAUUAUGGUAAAAAAAUAUGCCUGUGGAAUGCAAUAACCGCUGGCUUCGAAAACUAUGAUGAAACUUUUUGCAAUGUGCGCACGAGUACAAAAUCAAGCAAUAUUCUCUGUUAAUAUAACAACUUUUGAUGAUUGAUCAUUAGAUUUCAUAUACUUUUUUAUGACAUAUGGACACGCGACACAUUAAUUGAACAAAACCAAAUUAAAAAGUUCCUCGAAAUGUUUUGGAAUAGCAUUGAUAAAUUUUUUUGGACCUGUUUGAAAUUUUUUUCUCCCGCUGAGAAAAAUAACAAGACAGCAACAACCAAUAGAGAUGAGUGGGACACCCCAGAUUACCCAAAUCCCAUCUCUUACAUUCCUCAUAAUAAUUAUACUGUAUCAAACCAAAACCAUUAUGAUGAUGAAUUUAAGCCAGAUUUAUCAUCUGAAUUUAAACCAGAUGAUAAUGUUAAAAAAUCACACUAUAGACAUUUACUUGACAUUAAAUGUCAAUCAAUGCCUAUGCCGAGUUAUCUAUUGAUCGAUCUUGAAUUGGAAAAUAACUAUGGAUAUGAAUCCCGACCUUCUAAGCAAAAACUCCUCUCAUUUUUCCAUGAAUUUAAUGAAUUUAAUGAUAAAAUGUUCAAAAAUGGCAUUAAUAUUCUGUUAUUACCAAUAUUGUCGAUUGAUUGGACCGUUUUUAUUACUAAGUCAAACCAAGACCAAAGUGGUGAAGAAUUUUACUUUCAUUGUAUUGAACAAAGUUGUCGUGAACUAAUUCCUUUGUUAAAAUCUGAUAUUAAAUUACAAUACGAUUGCAUCAGUCAUUAUAAAUAUUCAAACAUGGCAAUGAUCAUCAUCAAUACGAUGGCUCAAAUCGAAAAGGAAAUGACUACAAAAUUACCUAAUGACUAUCUCAACAUGAGUUUGCUUACAUCAACCAUCAAUCAUAAUUCACAUCUAGUCCAUGUAAUAUUCGAUUGUCGAUUGUCACGUGAAGCAAUCUUUGAGAAGAGACGGAAAUUCAUUAAUCAUAUUGUUAGUAUUCGUCUCAAUGGAGAUGCCAAUUCGGAUUCCUACUUGUUAAAUAUAGGAUACAUCGCCAAUUCUGUAUGGGACAUACCUAGACGCCAUAGUACAGGUAGAUUGUUUUUCUCGGUAAUCAUGACUUCGUCCUUUCAUCAAAAGUUAUCACGUUUUUCAAACAAAGAAUGGAUAAUCAAGCCGUUAUUUUAUUUGCGACCUGCUGUUCGAUUAAUCGAAACGCUUGCCUAUUUAGAGCAGUAUCGAUCCCAAUCGUUUCAAUCGCUCAUUCGUCUAGAUCCGAAUCUUUGUCAUAAUCAAAAUAAAAUAAUGACAUUGGCGUGUAAACCAUUACAUAACCAGAAACAAUAUAAUGAGAAGCAACAGGCUGCCAUUGUAGCAGCAUGUGACCUUAUCAAUUUAUCAACAUCAACACUCCGAAUUCUUAUGGUACAAGGUCCCCCUGGCACCGGUAAGACUCACAUAUUGCUUGGCAUCAUCAGGAAUAUCAUGGCUGACUCAAUAACCAAGUUUCAAAUGGUUCCAUUUCGCAUCAUGAUUUGUGCGCCAAGCAAUGGUGCUAUCGAUGAAAUUGGACUGCGAAUAGCUUCUGAGAAAACACAAUUACUUCAUGGCCGAUUGAUUAAAAUGGUACGAAUAGGAAUGAAAUCACGAAUGCACACAGAUUUGGUCCAAUAUGAACUGGAAACAAUGAUCGAUGCUGUUCUUGGCGAAGAAGAAAAGAAACUCGGUUAUAAACGUGCCAGUGUACGCCAAGAAAUCAUAUCCAAUGCUGACAUCAUUCUGACAACAUUGUCAAGUUGCCAAAAUUCAGCACUUGACAUAUUUCGAUCCACUAAACAAGAAACAAUACGCAUAAGCAAUAACGUUAUAAACUGUCUCAUCAUUGAUGAAGCCUCACAAUGUAUAGAGCCAGAAAUCCUUAUGCCUUUAGUUUAUGAAUCCAUAACAAAAGUGAUUAUGAUCGGUGAUCCAUUGCAAUUACCUGCAACAGUCAUAUCUAGUACGGCUAAAAAUGCCAAUUAUGGUCGCUCUUUGUUCGAACGUUUCGACACGUAUUUCAGUGAUAUCAAAAGUGAUAAACAAUCGCCAAUCAUACGUCUUACGCAACAGUUUCGUAUGCACAAGGAUAUUUGUUCCUUUCCAUCGAAACAAUUUUAUAAUUCCACAUUAGAAACCGCUAACGGUAGCGGUUUUCAUACCUCUGUCACAAUUAAUCCAUACUUUAUUUUCGACAUUCUUGACUCACAAGAAUCCAGCUCUCAAAGUUCUAAAUCAAAUCCAACUGAAGUGAUGUUUAUAUGCAAACUAUUUCGUCAAAUACUCGACAAAAUUUGCUAUAAACCAUGGCAGCCUCUUCCGGCUUCUAUCGGUAUUAUAACAUUCUAUCAGGAGCAGAAACAAGCUCUUAUCGCGGAAUUAUCAGAGCAAUUCAGCUCUGAAUUGGUAAACAUUAUCAAGAUAGACACAGUGGACGCAUUUCAGGGACAAGAAUGUGAUAUUGUCAUCUUAUCCUGUGUUCGAGCCCCUGACGACAAAGGCCGUUUCGGAUCGAUUGGUUUCGUACGUAGCCAACAACGAAUGAAUGUAGCAUUAACUAGGGCUCGUUGUUUGCUGUGUGUCUGUUUGCAUAGCAGAACAUUUUCACGAGCACCAAUUUGGAAACAAAUGCUAUUGGAUGCCGAACAACGUAAUCGAUUGUUUUCGGUUUCAUCUAAAAUUCAAGAUUCCGCACUCAAGUCAAUGCUUGUCUAACGAAAAAUCCAACAUUUGAAUUGGCCAGUCGUCGAAUUGUCGGAAACAUUUUCCCUCAUACAUUUAUUAAUUUUGUUAUUAAAAAAAUAAAUAAAAUGAUGAUUUUUAAUUUUAA